UGAGCAAGAAAGAGUGGGUUUGACAUAAAGGGGGCGUGGGUAUAUGUAUGAAUGGACAAGAGCGCACGGCUGCAAAUACAAAAAGCAAGUAAUCGUUUAAUAAGUGUUGCAGGAUAAGCGCAGUUCGCCGCUUAAGACGGGCGGAUCCGGGGGUUCCCGACGCGGGCACAACAGGAGCCCUCGACAGCACUGUCCCCAGCUGCAGUCAGUAUGUCAAUCUAGCAGCGUGGGGGGGGGCAGUUUGCUGAAGGACAGCCUCAGCAAUGGCAGGGGAGUUCCUGAGCAGCACCUUGCCCCCAUCAGGGGCGGCCUUGCCGGUGUCCUCCUCUCUGACACUGGAGCAGAAGGCGGCCUUCGUCUUCGUCUUCCUGCUCUUCAUCUUCCUCGGCUUGCUGAUCGUCCGCUGCUUCCGCAUCCUGCUGGACCCCUAUCGCAGCAUGCCUUCCUCCACCUGGACCGACUACAUGGAGAAGGACACCUUCGAUUACCGCAUCGCCUGAACGGGCCUUCGCCUUCUCCCGAGGUCCAUGUAUAAGAUCAUCCAGAAGACAGCUGAAGCUGAUAAAUGGAUCCCUACUGGGAAGGCAAAACCCCAGCUAACUCUGACAAGCAAUUGCAAGGAUUCUAAGUACGGAAUGUAACCUUGUGUGUCAGCUGACCAAGAGUAAACACCUCAGGUGCCCAUGGGAGCAGCUCCAUUCAGUCUGUCUCUGUUUCCAAACCCACAUACAUAGAUCUGUCAUCUUCUUCCACUAAGCUAAAUUUAAAUUCAAUUAUAUCCUCAAUUAUACCCCUCUGCUUCUCAUAACGACUCAGAGAGGUGAGCCCCUCCCCUUUUCUGAAGGAAGGAUUUAUCUCUCAAAUGAGUAAAUUAGCUUUUUUUUUUUAGGGCAUUAAAGUAACCGAUAUGCAAAGUCCUAUUACUUUUCACUGUCACCAACAUCAAGCAAAAAUCAUUUUUAACUUGGCUUGUAGCGGAAAAAUGGAAGUUUCGUAAUACCGUGGAGAUCUGAAAUCUCCACUCCAUACUUCUGUGGCGUAGGAUCACUUGAAACACUACAUUACGUAGGGCGACGAAGUCUACGGGGCCUAUUUUAUCUAGGUUGACCUGAUAUAAUCUUUUUGAAUAUGUAUAUACCCAUGUAUAAGUCAAUCCACGAUACGACCUUUUCUGUGCUGAAUGUUUUCUAGCUAAAGUUCAAGGAGACAGCAAUGGACAGAAGCUCUGAUCCCCUUGAGAAGCAGCAUAGCACAGCAAGCGUAAACAGACGAAAGAGCAGAAUAUCGAGCGGCCUUAACCCUAUAACAAACACGACCAAGGUAAACGUCUGGGAACUUUGCAAGUCUAAAUGUUUACAUGUUUAUAUAUAACUGUGCUUUAUGCAGGAUUCUUGUGUGUUAUUGAAAGCACCUUUCUUCCUCAGUAUAUGUCUGACACUUUCAGUGUUUUGCUCACAACAAAACAAACUCACAACAGGAAUCGACAGGUGAAGCAAGGCCUCUGGGAUAGUUUUGGUAAUGCAGGUAUGAUUAUUGAAUGGAUGAUGUCAAUGGCCAUUGUUAGGGAUGGCAGACAUUUUUUGAAUGCAAUGUAAAGAAUGUAUUUUGUCUAGUGAACGUUUCAUUGAAAUUUAUCUUACGGUGUUUGGGGAUGAGAGAUCUUUCAGCUUUGGGUCACCCAAAACUAGAUCUAAUUAAGCUACUUCGGCAUUUUCCAUUAAAAUGCAGGUUUUACUUGAAAUUCUAUGUACAGUAUCCUUCUGAGUACUACCUAAGUAGUAUGUUCUACUGUAUGUAUCCUUAUGAGUACUACAUAAGUAGUAUGUUUGAAUAAGCUUUUUCAGAACUUAUUGGAAAUUAAAUUCUAAAAUGAUGUUGGACUUCCCCACUACAUAAAAUUAGUUUAUUAAGAUAUACUAAGAAAUAUUCUGAUACAGUCAGGAUAACUAGUAAUUGAAGUCCCAUUCUAAAUGAUAUCAGUCUAAGUAUAUUUAUUGCAUAUUUAUAUUAGUUCUAGACCAGUUGUGGAGAGAUAAAGAUGUGGAAUAGUAAAGGUAUGAGUUUUACACCCCUAUCCAAUGGUUGAUCAUGGUUUGGUCUCCUUCUCCUUGAUGUAUGCCUUAGAAUGUAGCCUGUUUACAGUCCGUAAUCACUGAAAGACAUGUAGCCAAGUUCGAACCAAGACCAACAGAUAGAAGGGGUUCCGAUCCAUCUAACUAGCGUCACUGGGGUUUUAGUGUAUAAAUCCAUUACGUUAUUGGUGUGCACUUUGACAUAAGCUUUCCUCUAUGUCACACUGUGGCGAUUAAUGUGCAGAAUCAGCUAUUGCUUGCGUUUCAUGCACAGUGCAUUUGCACAUCGGUGUGGCGUGGUGCCCUUGCAGCAUGCUAAUGACAACAAGGAAGCACCUGAAUGUUUUUUGAAAUCAACAGGUAAUGAUUGUUAGAAUUUAGAUAGUUUACUAAGGCCCAGCCUACUUUUGACCAUGUAUUAUAUUUUCCAG